AUGAAGUGUAUAGUCUCCACGGACCACAAGAUUCUGCAACACAUUUUCGAUCAAAAAGAGCUCAACAUGAGGCAAAGAAGAUGGUUAGAGUUGCUAAACUACUAUGAUUGUGAGAUUCAUUAUCACCCAAGAAAGGCUAAUUUCAUACUUGACGCCUUAAGUCGUAAAGAACAAGUUAAUCCACAUAGAGUCAAAGCACUUAUGAUGACUAUUCAGUCUAGACUCAUCUUGCAUAUUAGAAGUGUUCGACUCGAGGCUUUAAUGGAAGAAAAUGUUAAAGAAGAAGGCCUCAGAGGAAUGGAAAGACAACUAGAGAAUAAGGAUGAUGGAACAAGAUAUUUCAUGAACCGAAUAUGGGUUCUGAAAUUUGAAAAGUAA